UGGCUUUCUAAACUUAUUUAUUGCAGAGAAGCUAACUUAAACGACACUAAUUUGAGGGCGUAACGCCGCUUUUAGGUGGAAAGGCGAGUGUUUUUGGACUUUGCGUGACCGGGAGUAAAACACCUUGACAGUUGAGACGGACAAGUUGGCAAAUUAGGACGCAGAGGCUAAAUGUGGGAUUUAUACGGCGAUAAAACAUGGUUGAAUUUAGCCUUAAAGACAGCCCGACUGCUCGGACUUAAAAGCGGUCUGUCUGUAGCGGAGAUACCGGCUGAAUGUCACUGGUGACUGGUUUAUACUCAAUACCACAGGGAGACUAUUCGAGCGCUCAAAUUCAACAUUACUGUUGUUUUUCUUUAACAGUGGCGCAUGAAUGGACAUUAACGAACACAUUCCAGUUUCAGGGUAAUGGCAGGUUGGGCUGCUGCUGCCCCCAGUUUCCCGACAGAAACGGACUAUAAACACACUCAGCCCUGCAGGCAACUAAACCUCCACUAGUCCUACUGUAACUCCUGAUCUGUCAAACAGCUGGGCACCCAUCAGGGAUAAUGGAUCCUAACUCCAACAGCGAGAGGAAAAAGACCUCCUGGACCAGUUUACCUGAGGCUCCAUCACUCUAAAUGCUGCUGAGCCUUCUAUCCACAUUUUCAUCUCAUGGCUGGGAUUCAGCAGCCACCUGAAUGACAGAUGUUUGCUGAAACCGUUCGUUUGAAGGAGCAUUGAAAAGGCAAAAAAAAGUGACCUUGGCUGUCGACUGCUAGCAGUUUGUGUGCCUGUCGUUCAGUCUGAUAUCAUGGGGAAAGAACAGGAUCUGCUGGUGGCCGUGAAGAGUGGAGAUCUUCUGCAGGCCCACAAGCUUCUCUCCAAAGUAAAGUGCAACAAAACCAAGUUGCUGGGCUCCACCAAGAGACUCAACAUCAACUACCAAGACUCUGACGGCUUCUCACCGCUGCACCAUGCCGCUCUGACAGGCACCAUGGAGCUGCUGUCUCUUCUGUUGGAGGCCCAGGCCACGGUGGAUAUCAAGGACAUCAACGGCAUGCGCCCCCUGCACUAUGCAGCGUGGCAAGGUAAAGCAGACUCUGUCUUAUUGUUGCUGAGAGCUGGAGCUUCAGUCAACUCCUCUUCCCAUGAUGGACAGAUACCAUUACAUCUCUCUGCUCAGUAUGGACACUACGAGGUGUCUGAGAUGUUGCUGCAGCACCAGUCUAAUCCCUGCCUGAUGAACAAGGCCAAGAAGACUCCUCUAGAUCUGGCCUGUGAGUUUGGGAGACUGAAGGUGGCUCAGUUGCUGUUAAGCAGUAAUAUGGUGGCAGCGCUGUUAGAAGGGGAGGGAGGUAACGACAGCCUUGAUUCUCCAACCACCACCCCCCUCCACCUGGCAGCCAGGAACGGACACAAAGACAUCAUCAAGUUGCUGCUCAAAGCUGGCAUUGACAUCAACAGAGCCACCAAAGCUGGGACGUCUCUGCACGAGGCCGCCCUCUACGGCAAGACUGAAGUCGUGCGGCUGUUGCUUGAUGCGGGCAUCAAUGUGAACAUGCGCAACACGUACAACCAGACAGCUCUGGACAUCGUCAACCAGUUCACCACUUCUACAGCCAGCAGGGAAAUCAAACAGCUGCUGAGAGAGGCAUCAAGCUCUCUUCAGGUCAGAGCAGUGAAGGACUAUUGGAACCUCCACGACCCAACCGCUCUUAACCUCCGGGCGGGAGAACUUGUUAUGGUCCUGGAGCAGCACUCAGACGGUCGCUGGAAAGGUCACAUCCAUGACACCCAGCGGGGGACGGACCGGGUGGGCUUCUUCCCCCCUUCAGUGGUGGAGGUCCUCAGCAGACGAGCAGGAGGCACUUUGUCCCGCCAAGCCUCAAAACCUUGCCAGCGACAAAACUUUGCAUCAAGAGCUCCACCCUCAAGCCACGGCCCUGGCCCUCAGGCUGACGACUCAUACACCCAUGGCUAUGAUCCCACAGGUGACAGAAGCAGUGUUGGCAGUGCGGGCAGCGUGGGCAGCAGUCGCAGCGCUGGUAGCGGCCAGAGCUCAGAGAGCGGUCACAAACAGAAUGGGACUCAAAACCGCCACAAUUCUGACACUGGAAAGGUUAGGCUUCUGGCUCCCUCUGCUGGUGAAUCAGGAGAACAUCUCUACAUUGCAUCAGCAGACCACAGCAAACAGGCAGAUGGGACCACAGGUGGUUCCCGCCGCCAGGUCAACGGCACUCCUCAGAAAGGCUUCAUAAGGCCAGAGCAGCUUCUGGAGGGCAAGGACUCUGAGGCCAUCUACCAGUGGUUGUGUGAGUUUCAGCUGGAGCAGUACACCUCCAACUUCAUCAAAGCAGGAUACGAUGUACCCACCAUCAGCAGGAUGACCCCUGAGGACCUGACAGCCAUUGGAGUGACCAAACCAGGCCACAGGAAGAAGAUUUCAAUGGAAAUCAGCAAGCUGAGCAUCCCAGAGUGGCUGCCUGAUUACAUUCCUGCGGACCUGGGAGAGUGGUUAAGUGUGAUUGGACUGCCUCAGUACCAGAAGAGAUUGUGCGACAAUGGCUAUGACUCCAUCACUAUUGUCAAAGACAUCACCUGGGAGGACCUGCAGGAGAUAGGCAUCACCAAACUGGGCCAUCAGAAGAAGCUGAUGUUGGCAGUGAAGAGACUUUGUAGCCUGCAGCGCUCUCGUAACCACGGCGACAGAGCUGGAGGCGGGACCGUCCGACGGAAGCCCCCCGCUGCCCUGGAGCUGGUGGCCAUCGAGCACACACCGACGCGCAACGUGCACUCUCACAGUCGCUCUGACGCUUCCUCUGAUGACUGCUGCCCCUCCCCGCGCACCCCCAGGGCCCUCCUCUCCUUCCAGGACAGCGAGUUGAGUGCUGAGCUGCAGAGUGCCAUGAUGGGCAGGGCGGGAGGAGGAGCAGCCGAGGCGUUCAGCAUCAGGGGCGUGACUUCUGCUGCGGCUGUAUCUGCCAUGUCAGUCAGUCAGGAGAGCAUCAGCGUGCGAUCGCGGGGAUCUGGGAAUUCUGGGAAUUCUGGAAAUUCCAAUUCAGGAUAUCCUCAAGAUCAGCAAGCUGCCCAAUCUUCUGCCAGGACAUCCAGCCGCUCCGAGGAGAUUCUCGGGAGUGGUGUUGGGGAGGAGGCCAAGUCUGGAGGAAGCAGUCCUAGAGGCAGGAGUAGGCAGACACCCACAGAGAUGUGGGAGCAGCAGAGUCGCUCUGCUACCCCCAACAAACUCCCCUUCUCCCCCCUUACACCCCCACUAACUCCCAGUAAGAUGCCUCGCUUUGCCUACCCAGCUGUCCCACCCAAGGCCAAACACUUCCAUUCCCCCAACCGCCUCCAUCAGCCUCAGCAGCACCCGCCUUCCUCGCCUUCCUCUGCAUCCUCACAGCCUUCCCCCACACAGAAGGCCUUCAGUUACCUCCACGCCCAGACAGGAGUCGUCAACGGGACACCAUGGGUGCUCUCCAAGCCCCUGCCUGGAGCUGUCCCCCUGCUGGGACCCCGACCUGGACAAAGUCCAGCGAACGGCGUCCAGAGGGGUCCGCACAAGAAGCGCGCCCAAAGCCUGACGCGCUACGCUCUGUCCGACGGCGAACCAGAUGAAGACGACGACCUCGCUCUCUCCUGCACCUCCUCUUCCUCUGCAGCCAUGCCUUCCUACGCCACGCUGUCGCGCAGGCCAGGACGUGGGCACACAGGCGCCACGGGGACACAACGCCACAUCAACCGCAGCCACUCGUUUGCCGUGCGAUCCCGACGUAAAGGCCCGCCCCCAGCACCUCCAAAAAGGAUGAGCUCAGUCAGUGGCAGCCCGACACGUCAACCGGGAAACGGGAAAGUGGGCGAGCCGGAGGUGAAGGGAGGGGUGGAGAUGGAGAGCACAGGCAGCGUGAGGAGCAUUGCAGCCAGGCUAGAGGGCAGCAGCAGCAGCAGCAGUCCAACCAGGAGGAUAGAUAUACCACCACCUCAUAUCCCAGUCUCACCUGUUUACAGCCCUGUGUCCUCGCCCAUUUCACGCGGAAUGAGUCCCCAUAUCAUUCUGCAGCACUCCAAACCUGUCCCUGCUCUAGGUGUGGGGGGCCUGAGGAGGACAGCAAGUGAGAGGACAGAAGUAGAGACCGGCAAACAAAGAGGUGGAGGUACAGAAGGAACACUUGAGGAGAAAACAAGGAAAAGUGAGAGAGCAUCAAAGAGCGCUUCUGCAUCUCCGAAGCACGGCGAGCACCUCCCUUUUGCUGAAGAAGGCAACCUCACCAUCAAACAGCGGCCCAGGAUGGCAGUUGUCACCCCAGCUGACGCUGAACUCAAGACUCCUCCAGAGGGUCCAGUCCAGCCCCCGAACACCCUGGAGCUCCCAGAGUUCAAUCUGAAGGAGUCUGACACGGUGAAGAGACGACACAAACCCAAAGACUCGUCGACCCCCGAGGAGGCGACCACCCCCAACGUAGAUGACAGCAGCUCGCAUGUCAACAGGCCGAGCGACGAUGAGUCUCAGCAGCUGAGAAAUGUGUUCCACAGAGUGGGCUCCAUGGGAAAAGGCCCAAAGCCUCCAGUGUCCUCGAAACCUUGCAGUCCUCUUAAACAACCCCAAAACAACAGAGCAGCAACCCCACAGAAAGCACUGUCUUCAGGACAAGCCGCUGCGCCAACAGCCAUUCCUAAACUAACCAGCGUCCAGAUUCACACCGUCUCCCCAAAGCUGGGUGGCAGCGGACACACACAGACACGUAUACCUAGUCCCAAAGCCGUCAGACAGCCUCAGACAGUGACGUCCAUGCCGGAGAGUCCACAGAAAGCUGCCGCUGUGUCCGUAUCGAGACUCCCUCAGCCCAGCGCGGCCUCUGCAGGACCGAACCUCACCAUCGUCCAGAGCGUUGCGUUUCCUGCUCCGUCCUCCGCAGCUCCAUCCCCCUCAGACUCCAUUUCAGCACCUCCCUCUCAGGCAGGGAAAGCAGGGUCACCCCUGGGUGGUGUGUCCGGGCUGGAGGUGCUGGCUCACAAGAGGCUGGAGCAAACCAGCACGUCACUGGAGGCCGCUCUCAAAGUGGUGGAGAACAAACUGGCACAGGGCAGCGCUGUGGACGGUGGCAGCAGCACAGUGAAGGCAGCGGGAAAUAUUCUGGAUGACAUCGGCAACAUGUUUGAUGAUCUGGCCGACCAGCUGGACGCCAUGUUGGAGUGACGUCCUGAAACUCUGCCCCACAGGGACAAAGUUCCCUUCUCUUCAGAGGGAAAACAUGGAGAGGAGCCAGCAGGAGACCAGGAUGAUCCUGUGAUUCUGGUAUGAACAGACACAUAGACGCAGUGGAGGGCUCAGCGCCUCUGAGUGAAUCAACACGAGCACAUUUGAGGAUUUCCUGCACAACUUUUCCUCAGUAUUGGCCAGUUUCUCAACGCGAGCACUUCGCCUUAGGACACACACCUGGGAAUGUUACUGGAGCAAAAGGCAAACAGCAGCUGCGAGAUCAGCGUCCAGAUGUCUUUGUGUGUGUGUUCAGUAUAUUAUCACUAAAGGGAAUGAGGGUCCAUUUUAAUCACCUGUUACCUGUAAAUGUAUAGAUAAGUCUAUGGUGGCACUGUGUAUGUGUAGUCAGAUAUCUUUAUACUGAGUAUAUUUAUACUUCCAUAUGUUUGUUUUUUAACAAAUGGAGAUCCUAUUGACUGUUUCACUGUUUAAAUCAUUCUAGUGUAUAUUAGCUUGACUGUAUUAUAUCUAUAUGUUGCUGCUUAUCGUCUAUAACAUGAGGAAUAUAUUGUUUAUUGAAUUAAAAGCAGCGUAUUCCAUAUGUACUAGAUUUGAUUUUACAUCUUUUUACCAAAGUCUUUUGUCCUCUUCAGGAGGCACAGGAAGAGGUUUGUGUCAUGACAGUGUGAGGUAACAUCCUCUCUUUAAAGCGUUUCUGUCAGCGAAAAGCGUGCGACCCACUAACAGGCUGCUAUUAAGUGUGAAGUUUGUCGUCUUUAAAGAAAGGGAGACUCUUGAAACAUUUCAGCAGUAGCUUGUUACAAAGCUUUUCAAUCGAGGUCUACCUCCUGGAAGAUGAAAUUCCAAAUUGACUGAUCACUGUAAGAGAUUUACUGUAGGUAUACCUAUGUAGAAGUGUCUCGUGUUCUACAGAGUAUGGAGGCUUGAGUGUGCCAGCGGAAUAAUAUGACUUUUAUAUGUUAAAUUAUAAAAAAAAAAAAAAUAAAUGGGUACAUUUUUUUAUAGUCUAUUGUAAAUUAAUAUAUUAAAAUUGAUUUGAAACUAUGAAUUUCACAGGUCAAAGUAUACAAAUGCCGAAAACUGUUUUUAUCUUGAUACUUUUAAUCGCAAAAGAAUAGUUUGGAAAGCCUUCACAUGUCACUUUUUAAACACCAAUUAGUAAUGUGUCAGCCCGCUUCAGUUUCAGGAUGCGUUCAGCUGGCUGUAGGCGUCUUGCGCUGAGCUUGGCGAGCUUCAGUGUGUGUGAAUAAAUGGUUAUGGGCUGUGUGAGCACACCUGCAGAGAAGAUGGUGUGUGGGUUGAUUCUGGCACACUCAAGACUCCACAGUGCAAAAGGUAGCUCUUCCAAAGCAGUUAGUGUCUAAACUGAAUAAUGAUUAUAUACUGCUGCAAAAGAUGAAUUUGUAUGAAUUCCAACAAUGUAUUUCUUAUUAUUUGACCAAUGAUGGUUGGUUGUUUUUUUUACAAACCGCUCCUCUGCUCCGUACGAAGGCUUAUAUUUGGACUGGUUAUCUCAGAGUUAACAGAAGCAGCAGUCAUUCAGUAUCAGUGUCACAGCAGGUUUAUUGAAGCCAGAUAUCUCAAAUGGAUCAGAACUUGAAAACUGGAGACUGCUGUUUUUCGUCCCUCGAUGUCAAAUCUCAGAAUUCUGUUACCUCGUGGAAGUUUAUGCGUUCAUUUCAACGUAUUCAAAUCAAAAAAAGUGUUUAUUACUAUAUCUGACUCUCCUCAUACACUUUUCAUGUGGUUAUAUGCCAGUAAGUGAAUCAAUGAGGUCAGUAAAGGAAAGCUACGACCUAUAGCUGUCUGUAAACUGACACUGUUUCAUACAAAUUCACUGUCUGAUUUUUUUUUUUUUUUUUUUUUUAAACGGCACUCAUAAAGUUCCCUCCAAACUUUUACAGGGUGUACUGUAAAAUCAGGGAGUUUACUUUUUUUGUUUUUUACAUUCUGAUGUCAAGUCCUUUUGAAGUCAUUACACAAAGCUCUGUAUUAUUCUGAUGGCUGCCUGUUACCUUUUAUUAAUAUUUCAACUGAAUUCUGUACAAUCCUGGAAAUCAUUAAAAGGAGAAUUUGUAAUGUGACUGCACAGACUUUUUUCUCAUGGAGGGCAGUAGAUGUGACUUAUGACGUUUUUACAUGAUAAUUUCUAGAGGUUUUUCUAAUUUUAUUUCACUUGCCACUGAGGGCUUCCAUCUUAAAAGGAUCCCAAGUUUCCUUAAUUUGUAUCUCACAAAACGCUUGUUUUUUGGUGGCCAAAAUCAAGUGUUUUUUUUUUUUUUUUGUCAAAUUGCUGUUUUCAAGGUCACAAACUCACUACAUUAUAAAAAAAAGACUCAGUUAUAUUUAAUCCAAAACUCAUAUUCGUCAAUCUUAAAUCAUUUAUUUGUGUAUGUACAGUACAAAUCUAUAAAGAGCAACUUGAAAAAAUAAUCUGCAUUUUCCAUAUAUGAUGACAGAAGCCCCGGAGGGAAGGAUGGCUGGACAGACAUGAAGAAGAGUUUCCAGUAAGGCUGUCAGAGCUUUCAUCAUACUAAACACUACACACACAUACACACACAUACACACACACAUACACAGUCCCUUCAGCCAUCGUAAGACUUCAACACGCUGAUGGAGUUCACGCAGCGCCCCGACAGGAAAACACAGUGUCCCGGAAUGGUUCUGUUGGCAAUCAGGGCUCAGGAGAGUAAUUCAGCAUUGUUCAUUCACAGAUACAGACACGAUAAUAUAUAUUCUUUCAUUGUAGUUGCGGAUUGCAGACAUCAAAAUCUGACUUUCAUUUUAACGUUUUUUUUUGUUUGUUUGUUUUUUUAGCAUUUUGAUGCAAAAUCUGGUUCUUAAUCUCUGUCCCAACAGUCCUUCUCAUGAGACAAACUUUACAUUACUAUAUUUCUCUUUUAAACAUUCUUCUUAAUACAUUAACAUUCAUUUCUGUGUGUGAUGUUGAUAUUUCAACCAUUAUUCAAAUGUGAAGUAAAAGUGGCACAACCCUAAAUUAAAACAAAAUCAUCAUAAUAAUAUAAUACUGUUUAACAUGGGAGUUUAAAAUAAACACUGCGGGUUUGUGCACAGUGUGACGAUGUAAAAAAAAAA